AUGUCUCACAGAAAGUACGAAGAGCCAAGACACGGUUCCUUGGGUUUCCUCCCAAGAAAGAGAGCUGCCAACUCUAGAGGUAAGGUUAAGUCUUUCCCUAAGGAUGUCAAGUCCAAGCCAGUCGCUUUGACCGCCUUCUUGGGUUACAAGGCUGGUAUGACCACCAUCGUCAGAGACUUGGACAGACCAGGUUCUAAGAUGCACAAGCGUGAGAUCGUCGAGGCUGCCACCGUUGUUGACACCCCACCAAUGGUUGUUGUUGGUGUCGUCGGUUACGUCGAGACCCCAAGAGGCUUGAGAUCUUUGACCACCGUCUGGGCUGAGCACCUUUCUGAGGAGGUCAAGAGAAGAUUCUACAAGAACUGGUACAAGUCCAAGAAGAAGGCUUUCACCAAGUACUCCGCCAAGUACGCUAAGAACGGUGAGGAGAUCCAGAAGGAGUUGGCUAGAAUCACCAAGUACGCCACUGUCGUCAGAGUUCUUGUCCACACCCAGAUCAAGAAGACCCCAUUGGCUCAGAAGAAGGCUCACCUCGCUGAGAUCCAGAUCAACGGUGGUUCCACCGAGGACAAGGUCAACUGGGCCAAGGAGCACUUCGAGAAGGAGGUCUCCGUUGACUCCGUUUUCGAGCAGAACGAGAUGAUCGAUGUCGUCGCUGUCACCAAGGGUCACGGUUUCGAGGGUGUUACCCACAGAUGGGGUACCAAGAAGUUGCCAAGAAAGACCCACAGAGGUUUGAGAAAGGUUGCUUGUAUCGGUGCCUGGCACCCAGCUAACGUUAACUGGACUGUCCCAAGAGCUGGUCAGAACGGUUACCACCACAGAACCUCUAUCAACCACAAGGUCUACAGAGUUGGUAACGGUUCCGAGGAGAACUCUGGUUCUACCGAGUUCGACAGAACCGCCAAGACCAUCAACCCAUUGGGUGGUUUCGUUAGAUACGGUAACGUUAACAACGAUUUCGUCAUGGUCAAGGGUUCCAUCCCAGGUGUUAAGAAGAGAGUUGUCACCUUGAGAAAGUCCUUGUACGUUGACACCUCCAGAAGAGCUCUUGAGAAGGUCAACCUUAAGUGGAUCGACACUGCUUCUAAGUUCGGUAAGGGUAGAUUCCAGACCCCAGCCGAGAAGAGAGCUUUCUUGGGUACCUUGAAGAAGGACUUGGAGAACUAA